CGCUCAUCAGUCAUCAGUUCCGUUCUGCUGCUGGGAUUUUCCCAAAUCUCAUUCCUCGUUGAUAGAGAGGCGGGCAAAAGGUAAUUGUUGCUUCCAAUCUCUGAUCUUGGACGUUCACCGCCAUGUUUGAUCUGAGAUCUUGAGCUUAUUCAAGGCUCUCACGGUGUUAUGAGCUAGAACACAUAAGAAAUUCGAACCUUUUUGGGGACUUUGAUGCAUUGUUUUGGCUAUUAUCCGCCAAAAGGAUCGAAAUCUGUGUUGUUCAACUGGUAUUUUGGUUUUCCAUUGUCCGAGAACCGUCGGGAUUUCAAAUUUCUAGAAGUUUUUGAUGGCCGGCCUUCUUCCGAAAGCUUGCUCUUGUGUGGAUUUUGAAGUGGCGGCGUUCCAGAUCUGUUCUUUUUGAACGCAUUUGGUGUUACUCGAACGAUCGGAGGACUCGUUUCACGGAUCUGUGCCUCUGCAGGCGUUGCGAUCGCGGAUCUCGAAGACAUUGGAGCAGAUACGAAUCACUGUGGUAUGCAGCAGCAGGACGCCUUCGCCGCCCGCGAAGAGAUCCGGGCUCCCUUCGCCGUCCCCGAGCGGAGGCCACCGGUUUUCUGCCCCAAGCCACGGAGACUGAGCCAGUUCGCCACCGCCGUCGCCGAUCCGUUCCUGCCCCUUCGAUGUCAUUCGAGUUACCAAAAGAAUUUCUCAGAUUCGAAGGCCGGAGCAGAUCUCCUUGACAUAUUUCUCGCAAAGGGCGAAGAUCAGAAUCAACUAGCUUCCUCGCCGCCCUUCUUCUGUGGCUCACCGCCGAGCCGUGCGGCGAACCCCGUCGUCCACGAUGCCCGCUUCGGUGAGGAACGUCCGCAACCGGCUUCCAUCGCCCCGUUCCUAUUAACGCAACCUAACCCACCGAUGUCGCCCAAGCAAGUCCGUGUGCACGCCAAGUUCGACCUGGCUCCGGCCGCCGUCCGCGUCGAGGGUUUUGACUGCCUCGACCGCGGCCGCCGGAGCUGUAGCAGCAUCACUGCCACGGCCUGAACAGAAGAGAAAGAGAAGAGAAAAGAGUAACAUAAAAAAACCAAGCUUAACAACAGGGAAGGAGAAGAAUUUUGAGGUAAAAAUUGGAGCUUUGAGGUAUUUUCCAUGACCUUCAAUUAGCUUUCCUUUCCAACUGUACAUUUUGACCAGUAGCAAUCUUCUUCUACGUAGAAACCAAAAUAAGGCAAACUAGAGAGGAACAAAAGGACAAUCUUUUAUUGUCUUUUUGGUUUUUCUUUUUGAUCCAUGAAUUGGAUUUGUUUAAGCUUCAAACUUGUUCCUAGGCUGGCCUUUGAGAGUCCUGAAAUAUGUAAAUAUCUAAUCUGUAAAAAGUAGGUUUCUUUUAUCUUCACUCUUCGAUGUUCAUAGUUUGUGGUUGGUUGUUGUCACCAUUGGGAAUGAAUCAAGCGCUUUGAAUACCUCUUUCUUCUUCA